AUGGAGAUACUAGCAACUUUGAUCCGAGGCUCCCAGGAUUUGUGGGAGCUCCACGAGUUGAUCCCUUGCCUCUCCAGCCAUUUCAACUUCAAGUCGGAUUACGCGAGAUCAACCACUCGCUCACGAAGCGUCCCGUUUGCGCGACUGAUAUACGAAUCAGUGCCGCAGUCGCAAGGAUUACCAUUGGCGUACCUGCGAGAGAACGAACAGGACGAACGGCAGAAUGAUGCGGCUCAGGGUCUGGGCCUAAAUGCAUACGACAUCCAGCAGUUUGACUUGCCUUCAAUGACCGACAGCCAGCAGUAUGCAGAAAUAUACUUCAGUGUUUCAACAUUUUACCCCUUCAUCUCGCAGGAUGAUUUCUAUACCCUUCUGAGGCUGGUGAUGCAUCUUGGCACAACGUCGACUUGGAACAGCGUUAUCCCGGUAAAGCUGGCCCUUGCUCAGGUGUAUUUGGUGCUGUCUCUCGGCGCUCGUUUCCUAGAAGUUAAGCUCAACAGCAAGUUCCCCUCGCACGACUUAUAUGCCAAAGGCAUGGGGUACGCGACACAGAUUAAGCUUCAUGAUAGUAUUGAAGGUGUGCAGGUUCUUUUGCUACUGGCGCAGCAUAGCUUUUAUAGUCCAGAGGGGUUGAAUGCGUGGUUUUUGCUGCAUACUAUUAUUGCAAGCUGCUUGGAUCUUGGAUUGCAGCGACGUGAUAACUGCAAGAAGGAGACCGAACCCCCAUGCCAUUGCAGAACACGUCACCUGCGAAGUGCCAUCUUCUGGUCAGCAUAUUCCAUGGAUCGCACCCUCACCACCAUACUGGGCCGUCCUCUCACGCUGAGAGACGAAGCCAUCGACCGAGAAUUCCCACAACUCGACAACAAUGACGAAGUCGAAUCAGCAGCAACCCAAUGGAAUUAUGCCGGUUCAGACAGCCAGGAGGUCCAUGGGAAACCGUCUCCAGGGCUAGCACCAAUUCCUUACACGACAUGCGUUUACUCUCUCCGAUUCGACCGGAUUGUCGCAGAAAUCAAGCUCAUGCUCUACCGGGUCUCGCGAUCACCGAGCCGCUUCCCAUGGCCGACAAACGUAACUACCUGGCAACAUGAGGCCCAAAAUGUCUGUGUCUCGCUGCUGCAAAAAGCCCAAAACCAGCAACAAGUUUCUUCGUUGAACAAUCUCGGGACACUGUCUGGAAUUAGCCUUCAGAGACUGGAACUCAAAUACCACCACUGCGUAAUGCUCCUCUAUCGUCCAAGCCCACAAAUUCCGCAUCCAAGCACAGAAGCUAUCCAGGCAUGCUUUAGCAGUGCCAUGGAUAUCAUCUCCAUCUACGCGGACCUCCACAGAUUCUUAAACAUGGAAUGCUCGUGGCUUUCGGCACAUUCGAUCCUGGUAGCCGCCAUCACGGUGCUUUACUGCCUCUGUUCACAUCCAGCCGUGCGAGGAACAACACCCGUCGAGACCUGCUUGAAAAGGGCGGAGCUAGCCCACGAGCUGCUAUCGUUCCUGGGGCAGUCGUGGUCUGUUGCAGAUGAAGCAGGCUUGAAGCUGGACAGGUUGAUCACGGCUACGAGGGAGGCUUAUAACGCAAGCAUUGUGGGUGGUGGUCUUGCUGAUUGUCAAGGGUAUCAAGAUACCGGUCUUAUGGUGCCGUUGCAGCAGUCGGGUUCUGGCUCAGAGAACCCGGAUAUGCCCGCUUUGGAUGGAAGGGCCUUUUUAACGGAUGAACUUGGGGUCCUUCGAGACUUAUUUGAUCUUGGCUGA